AUGGCCCGCACAGGUUCAUCACGCCGUCUAGCGCGCACUCGCACGCGCACGCGCGAUCACGCUCACGACCGCAAGACAUCGCACGCAUCCGGUCAGGCGCAAGCGCAAGCUCAAGUUCAAGGAGCCAUCUCACAAGCGAGCAAGAAGCGAGGCGCAAAGGCGAGGAACAGACAUCGUGAUGAGAUGAGCAGGCAGAGGCUGGAUGAGAUUGUGCAGAGGGAGAGGAACGAGGAGAGCAGUGGCGCCGUCGAACCUUCAGAGAAGGCUACGUCCAGCAAGAAGACGUUCAAAAGGCGGGGUCCGGAUGCUGUGCCUCUCGACAUGCUCGGUGGAAUGAGCAUCUAG